AUGGUACGUGCCGCGUUCUCUUCGUCAGUAGAGCGCUUCAGCAGAGGUCCUGUUUACACAUGCGAGGUAACAGGACAGGAAGGUCGCCAUGUAGCAGCUGCCCAGGUAACAGGACAGGAAGGUCGCCAUGUAGCAGCUGCCCAGGUAACAGGACAGGAAGGUCGCCAUGUAGCAGCUGCCCAGGUAACAGGACAGGAAGGUCGCCAUGUAGCAGCUGCCCAGGUAACAGGACAGGAAGGUCGCCAUGUAACAGCUGCCCAGGUAACAGGACAGGAAGGUCGCCAUGUAGCAGGUGCCCAGGUAACAGGACAGGAAGGUCGCCAUGUAGCAGCUGCCCAGGUAACAGGACAGGAAGGUCGCCAUGUAGCAGCUGCCCAGGUAACAGGACAGGAAGGUCGCCAUGUAACAGCUGCCCAGGUAACAGGACAGGAAGGUCGCCAUGUAACAGCUGCCCAGGUAACAGGACAGGAAGGUCGCCAUGUAGCAGGUGCCCAGGUAACAGGACAGGAAGGUCGCCAUGUAGCAGCUGCCCAGGUAACAGGACAGGAAGGUCGCCAUGUAGCAGCUGCCCAGGUAACAGGACAGGAAGGUCGCCAUGUAGCAGCUGCCCAGGUAACAGGACAGGAAGGUCGCCAUGUAGCAGCUGCCCAGGUAACAGGACAGGAAGGUCGCCAUGUAGCAGCUGCCCAGGUAACAGGACAGGAAGGUCGCCAUGUAGCAGCUGCCCAGGUAACAGGACAGGAAGGUCGCCAUGUAGCAGCUGCCCAGGUAACAGGACAGGAAGGUCGCCAUGUAGCAGCUGCCCAGGUAACAGGACAGGAAGGUCGCCAUGUAACAGGUGCCCAGGUAACAGGACAGGAAGGUCGCCAUGUAGCAGCUGCCCAGGUAACAGGACAGGAAGGUCGCCAUGUAGCAGCUGCCCAGGUAACAGGACAGGAAGGUCGCCAUGUAGCAGCUGCCCAGGUAACAGGACAGGAAGGUCGCCAUGUAGCAGCUGCCCAGGUAACAGGACAGGAAGGUCGCCAUGUAGCAGCUGCCCAGGUAACAGGACAGGAAGGUCGCCAUGUAGCAGCUGCCCAGGUAACAGGACAGGAAGGUCGCCAUGUAGCAGCUGCCCAGGUAACAGGACAGGAAGGUCGCCAUGUAGCAGCUGCCCAGGUAACAGGACAGGAAGGUCGCCAUGUAGCAGCUGCCCAGGUAACAGGACAGGAAGGUCGCCAUGUAGCAGCUGCCCAGGUAACAGGACAGGAAGGUCGCCAUGUAACAGGUGCCCAGGUAACAGGACAGGAAGGUCGCCAUAUAGCAGCUGCCCAGGUAACAGGACAGGAAGGUCGCCAUGUAGCAGCUGCCCAGGUAACAGGACAGGAAGGUCGCCAUGUAGCAGCUGCCCAGGUAACAGGACAGGAAGGUCGCCAUGUAGCAGCUGCCCAGGUAACAGGACAGGAAGGUCGCCAUGUAGCAGCUGCCCAGGUAACAGGACAGGAAGGUCGCCAUGUAGCAGCUGCCCAGGUAACAGGACAGGAAGGUCGCCAUGUAGCAGCUGCCCAGGUAACAGGACAGGAAGGUCGCCAUGUAGCUGCCCAGGUAACAGGACAGGAAGGUCGCCAUGUAGCAGCUGCCCAGGUAACAGGACAGGAAGGUCGCCAUGUAGCAGGUGCCCAGGUAACAGGACAGGAAGGUCGCCAUGUAACAGCUGCCCAGGUAACAGGACAGGAAGGUCGCCAUGUAGCAGGUGCCCAGGUAACAGGACAGGAAGGUCGCCAUGUAGCAGCUGCCCAGGUAACAGGACAGGAAGGUCGCCAUGUAGCAGCUGCCCAGGUAACAGGACAGGAAGGUCGCCAUGUAGCAGCUGCCCAGGUAACAGGACAGGAAGGUCGCCAUGUAACAGGUGCCCAGGUAACAGGACAGGAAGGUCGCCAUGUAGCAGCUGCCCAGGUAACAGGACAGGAAGGUCGCCAUGUAGCAGCUGCCCAGGUAACAGGACAGGAAGGUCGCCAUGUAGCAGCUGCCCAGGUAACAGGACAGGAAGGUCGCCAUGUAACAGGUGCCCAGGUAACAGGACAGGAAGGUCGCCAUGUAGCAGCUGCCCAGGUAACAGGACAGGAAGGUCGCCAUGUAGCAGCUGCCCAGGUAACAGGACAGGAAGGUCGCCAUGUAGCAGCUGCCCAGGUAACAGGACAGGAAGGUCGCCAUGUAGCAGCUGCCCAGGUAACAGGACAGGAAGGUCGCCAUGUAGCAGCUGCCCAGGUAACAGGACAGGAAGGUCGCCAUGUAGCAGCUGCCCAGGUAACAGGACAGGAAGGUCGCCAUGUAGCAGCUGCCCAGGUAACAGGACAGGAAGGUCGCCAUGUAACAGGUGCCCAGGUAACAGGACAGGAAGGUCGCCAUGUAGCAGCUGCCCAGGUAACAGGACAGGAAGGUCGCCAUGUAGCAGCUGCCCAGGUAACAGGACAGGAAGGUCGCCAUGUAGCAGCUGCCCAGGUAACAGGACAGGAAGGUCGCCAUGUAGCAGCUGCCCAGGUAACAGGACAGGAAGGUCGCCAUGUAGCAGCUGCCCAGGUAACAGGACAGGAAGGUCGCCAUGUAGCAGCUGCCCAGGUAACAGGACAGGAAGGUCGCCAUGUAGCAGCUGCCCAGGUAACAGGACAGGAAGGUCGCCAUGUAGCAGCUGCCCAGGUAACAGGACAGGAAGGUCGCCAUGUAGCAGCUGCCCAGGUAACAGGACAGGAAGGUCGCCAUGUAACAGGUGCCCAGGUAACAGGACAGGAAGGUCGCCAUGUAGCAGCUGCCCAGGUAACAGGACAGGAAGGUCGCCAUGUAGCAGCUGCCCAGGUAACAGGACAGGAAGGUCGCCAUGUAGCAGCUGCCCAGGUAACAGGACAGGAAGGUCGCCAUGUAGCAGCUGCCCAGGUAACAGGACAGGAAGGUCGCCAUGUAGCAGCUGCCCAGGUAACAGGACAGGAAGGUCGCCAUGUAGCAGCUGCCCAGGUAACAGGACAGGAAGGUCGCCAUGUAGCAGCUGCCCAGGUAACAGGACAGGAAGGUCGCCAUGUAGCAGCUGCCCAGGUAACAGGACAGGAAGGUCGCCAUGUAGCAGCUGCCCAGGUAACAGGACAGGAAGGUCGCCAUGUAGCAGGUGCCCAGGUAACAGGACAGGAAGGUCGCCAUGUAACAGCUGCCCAGGUAACAGGACAGGAAGGUCGCCAUGUAGCAGGUGCCCAGGUAACAGGACAGGAAGGUCGCCAUGUAGCAGCUGCCCAGGUAACAGGACAGGAAGGUCGCCAUGUAGCAGCUGCCCAGGUAACAGGACAGGAAGGUCGCCAUGUAGCAGCUGCCCAGGUAACAGGACAGGAAGGUCGCCAUGUAGCAGCUGCCCAGGUAACAGGACAGGAAGGUCGCCAUGUAACAGGUGCCCAGGUAACAGGACAGGAAGGUCGCCAUGUAGCAGGUGCCCAGGUAACAGGACAGGAAGGUCGCCAUGUAGCAGCUGCCCAGGUAACAGGACAGGAAGGUCGCCAUGUAGCAGCUGCCCAGGUAACAGGACAGGAAGGUCGCCAUGUAACAGCUGCCCAGGUAACAGGACAGGAAGGUCGCCAUGUAGCAGCUGCCCAGGUAACAGGACAGGAAGGUCGCCAUGUAGCAGCUGCCCAGGUAACAGGACAGGAAGGUCGCCAUGUAGCAGCUGCCCAGGUAACAGGACAGGAAGGUCGCCAUGUAGCAGCUGCCCAGGUAACAGGACAGGAAGGUCGCCAUGUAACAGGUGCCCAGGUAACAGGACAGGAAGGUCGCCAUGUAGCAGGUGCCCAGGUAACAGGACAGGAAGGUCGCCAUGUAGCAGCUGCCCAGGUAACAGGACAGGAAGGUCGCCAUGUAGCAGCUGCCCAGGUAACAGGACAGGAAGGUCGCCAUGUAGCAGCUGCCCAGGUAACAGGACAGGAAGGUCGCCAUGUAGCAGCUGCCCAGGUAACAGGACAGGAAGGUCGCCAUGUAACAGGUGCCCAGGUAACAGGACAGGAAGGUCGCCAUGUAGCAGGUGCCCAGGUAACAGGACAGGAAGGUCGCCAUGUAGCAGCUGCCCAGCCCGGAUGCCUCACGGCAAAUAGGUCCUCACCCCGAACAGGACAGAGAAUCCCCUGCGACAGGCGGAGACAAAUUCCUGGGCGCGAGGCGAGGCGCGGCGCUGCUGAGCUGAGACGAGCCGAGCGGAGACUUGGUGCGGAGCCAGACCUAGCAGCGGGCGCCUGCGUGAUUGGCACGCGCGUGGGCGGCGCCGGAGGCUGCGUGCGUGCGUGCGUGCGUGCGUUUACAUCGAUAAGUGGGAUCACAGAGGCAACAAGAGGAGGACGAAGAGACGACGAAACCGUUCCGGCCGUGGGCCGGCGCCUGCGGCAGGGACAGAGCAGCAGCACCGUGGGCGCCUCCGCCCCCCGUAGACGCCGCCACGACGACGCUGUGCCGCACAACAAGCCCCGCGCGGCCACAGAAGACGCCAUAGCGGACCUGAAAGCCGCAUUCGCGGCAGAGAGGACCGCCCUGCGAGACGAACUGGCCGCGGCGCACAGGGAAAUCCAGCGGCUGCGGGCUGAAGUGGCCCACCCCACCUGCUAA